UGAUUUUGACACGUGCCGGCGGCAGCAGAACUCCACUUGCAGACCUGCAAUUAAUCCAUGGCGGCGGAGCACCAGAUCGUGAUGCUACGAUAAUGGCGAAGGCAUGUAAGUAAAGAUCAGGAGGCAACAGAUAGAGAAAAAGCCCUAUCUCUCUCUCUCCGCCAUGGGCCUCUUCAAUUUCUUCACCAUUGCCACAACUCGGACCAGAACUCGCUCUCUGUUGAAAACCCUUCGUUACAUGAGCAAUGUCCCCGAGAACACGGUCUACGGCGGACCGAAGCCGCAGAUUCCACAGCAACGGGUCACUCUUACCAAUUUGAGACAAAAGCACAAGAAAGGCGAACCGAUCACCAUGGUCACUGCUUACGAUUACCCUGCGGGAGUCCAUCUGGACAUGGCCGGAAUUGAUAUUGCUUUGGUCGGCGACUCGGCUUCCAUGGUCGUGCACGGCCAUGACACCACGUUGCCUAUAAGCUUGGAUGAAAUGCUUGUUCAUUGCAGGGCCGUGGCUCGUGGGGCUAGGAGGCCACUUUUGGUUGGAGACCUGCCCUUCGGUACCUAUGAAUCCAGUUCCGUGCAGGCUGUUGAUACUGCGGUGAGAAUUCUGAAGGAAGGGGGAAUGGAUGCAAUAAAAUUGGAAGGGGGGGCACCUUCUAGAAUAACAGCAGCGAAAGCUAUAGUCGAAGCGGGAAUUGCAGUAAUGGGGCAUGUUGGACUUACUCCACAAGCCAUUAGUGUUCUUGGAGGAUUUAGACCUCAAGGGAAGAAUAUUGCCAGUGCUGUUAAGGGCCUUUUUUUUAGCACAUAAUGCCAGGAAUAUGCCUCUAAAGUUGUGUUUUUGCUGCAAUUACAACAGUUAAAAAGUUCUUAGCAUCUGAAAUUUGCAUGCUAUCUUUUGGCUGUUCAUGUGGGACUCUCAAGGAAUGUUUUAAAGGUGGAACAAAGCCUACCAAAUGAAUUUCAUAGCAGCUCUCAAAUUUGGCUACUUCAUAGAAUAUAUACACAUAUAUAAUUCUUUUUCGCUACCAUGGGUAUUUGGGUCAAGAUACAUGCAUCUCGAGGACAAUCACUCGAUUCUGUAACAUUCGAUUGUUUGCAAAUUUGCUAUUUUGUGUC